AUGUGUUUAUUAAAGAAUUUAGGCAAUAUUUAUACUUUGAAUGCUCCUUUAAGUGAUCAAAUUGUUCUUUUUCUUUCAAGACCUUCACCUUUAUUUACAGCGAUAGUUAAUAGUGCUGGACAUUUUAUUGGAAGACAAAGAAGCAGGGAAUUGGCUACAUCACAUUUAUCUGAAGCUCUUAUUGUCAUUUAUAAUGUUGUAAAGAAAAUGCUCCAACGUUUAUGUAAUAACCAACAACAGGAAGAUUAUUCAAAUACAGAUUAUCAUAAAGAAUUUUUAAUUCGAUCACUGAUGGGUAUUUUACUUUUAAGUGAUCAUAUAGACAGAAAUUUUGGAGGAAUAUUUAUUCCAUCACGUUCUCCCUUUGAUAUUGCGGACUUUAUUGAUAUUGUUAAAUUAAGAACAAGUUCAGUUGAGGUAAGGAAUUUAUUUAUGAAUUUAAAUAUUUAUGGGAUUAUGAAGAUCAACAUGUAG